UUAUUUUUCAAUUUAUCUCAACAAAAGAAAAGGAAGACGGUGUUGUUCGUGCUUGUGUUAGUUCUCGCUGUGGGUACUAGGGUCUGGUGCAUAUCGUCAACGAAGCAAUUGCAAGACACGCUCUCGCUCUCGCUAUACGAUUGCGUAAGUCAAGGCUCACGGUAAAGACUUCUUCAAAACAUGCGUUUUCUCGUCUUCUUGCUCGUGUUGCUAAGCAACACGAUAAUAUGCAUUGCGCAUGGUCAAGGAAGAAUCGCUGGCUACCGCUUUCUUCGGUAUCUCAAGUACAGAUUCCGCUGUGACGUAAUUCACACACUGAAUGGCGUCAAUCGAGAUGAUUGCAGAAACCGCUGCGCCAACAAUCUUGGUUGUUACGCCUUGAACACAAUCCGAGGCCCGAAUGGAACUGAGAUGUGCGAACUUUUGCGUCCACGGACCGAUUCUAGAUACAGCGAGAAUGAUUGUUUUAUCAAACAGGAAAACUCCGAGCACAACAGUCUCCUGGAUGUGGACCACUGCCCCCCUGACAAGCCUUGCUCCAAACGUGUCAAAAAAGUUUUGGACGGAGGAUGGUACCAGUUUGGUACAAAUGCCUGGAAGCUCUUCACCAGAAACCUCAACUGGGAAGCAGCGGUGUCUGCGUGUACUGCAGAGGGGGCGGAGCUUACACCUGUCACUCACGCGCUGGAUGCCAAAUUUCUUGCUGAGGCGAUGCUAGCACGAAUUACAGCCACUUCUCGCCCACAACUUCCUUCCGGUUUGAACAACCCUUCGUCGUAUUAUAGACUCGACGGAACAGACAACAAUGUCCAAAUGCAGUUCGUCAGAGGCCGCUGGACCCACCUUGCGUUUGUGAUCGAUCGAAAGAAAUUCUCAGUUGCAGCAUGGCAGGACGGCCUGUUCGUGGGGAAAAGUGCAGACAGUGACGUUGAUCAGAUUCUCCCUACGUUGAACAAGCUCGACCUAGGAUGUCAAAAUUACUUUGAUGGCCUGCUUAGCCAACUUCUCAUAUUUGACAGAGCGUUUGAUUCGCAGCAAGUUGCCGCAUUGAGAGAUGCCACAAUGAUGGAUCGGCGUGCGUGGACUGGGCUCAACGACAUCAACACCGAGGGACAAUAUCGCUAUGCAGACAUGAGCACCAACGGAAUGGGGUACCUUAACUGGGGCACCGCUGGCAGCACCGCACACUCGGUAGCGUUUGACUGCGUGGCCCUGAGUGCCUGGGACGAGGGCAAAAUGCUUGUAGAAAACUGUAACAUAACAUUGCCAUAUGUUUGCAUGAAGAAGGUUCCUUGAUUACGUUUAAAAAGAUUAAGCAUGGUACCACGCUCGUGUUUGAUUUAUUCUCUUAAAUGUAAAAUUUUAAUUCACCAGAUGGACCUAGUUUUUCUGGACGCUCCCGAUCCCGCCGAUCAAACUCUGCCACAUUGACACAGCAUGUUGUCUUGGUAGUAAUCAGCGUUUUGUCUAAUAGCAAUAGUUUCACCGAGCGAAUGCGUUCGUAUGAAUGACGAAUGUUCGAGAGAGUCUCUGACUCCACCAUUUUGUCAUCCUAGCAGAGUACUAACCAGAGAUGAACCCAUCUCCAUCGGCUAAUUUUGGAAAGCGUUAGGAAAUUUUCGAUUGAAGUAAACGCAAUAUAAAUGGUUGCUUUUCAUUAAGAUAUUUUUUUCUCAUAUCAACAAGAGCUUGCCUAUAGCUAAAGUUAAAAUUCAAGAGCACUAGAGUGGAAGGAUUUGAUUUACACCAUUAUUUUGGGUCGCGCACAUCUGUUUAUUUUUACUAUGAUGCUCAUUACCUUUAUUAACCGAACCAAAAGGGGAUCUUAGCCCCCCUCCCCGACCAAACGUUUCUCUUAAAAGAGAAAGUGAAACCCCAAGCCUCCCUUACAACGCCAUUGAUAAGAGCUAUAUUUAUAUAGUCAUUCAUAGUUUUAAACAGCUGCCUGCUUUACGUCCUUUAUUGUAACACUUUCAAAUAAAUUCAUAAAUACCUCUG